UUUUAAAAUGAAUUUUACUAUAGUUAAUCAUAAGGAAAAAGAAAACAAAAAACACGAAUGGACUCAUAGCGAAUACGGUUGUGCUUAGCAAUUAAAUAAAUUAUGAUAAGCUAAUCAAGAGUUUGUGAAAAUAUAUACUUUAGCUUGCCGGCUCUUGAUUCGCUGGAAAGACUUGAUAAACUUUGUGUGAGAUGUGUAGAGAUUUUUAUUAAAAUGUUUGACUGGUAUUGUUGGCUAUCUUGGAGUCUUGUAAUCGUUGUCUCAUGUUACAUACUCUUCGAAUUGCAUUAUUUUUGGCGUAUGGCUUUGUGCCUAUUAUUAGCUCGGUUCAUUAAGCGAAAGUGUCAAGUCCUGGAUACCACAAUAAUAUCUGGAGUUUGCUUAAGCAAUGAUCUCGAUCAUUUCCUAUGUCACAUGAACAACGCUCGUUACCUUAGGGAAAUGGAUUUUGCACGAGUCGAUUUUUACGAGCGCACUAAGCUUUAUCAUACAAUUAGAAAAAAUGGUGGCUCAAUAGUGCAAGGCGCAACAACAAUACGUUAUAGAAAAUUUAUCAGACCCUUCCGAAGAUUCUACAUAACAUCCAAAAUCAUAUACUGGGAUAGUCAAUCGAUAUUCAUGGAGCAUCGUUUCCUUCGACCAAAAGAUCAGUUCAUACAUUGUAUAGCGAUUUGUCGUCAACGAAUCAUUGGCUGUUCGGUGGACGCAGUUCUAUUGGAACUUUUAACCCGCAAAAGCCUAAAUGACACCAUUUCAGUAGAAAAUGGCGAAGUAGUCGAGUCUAAAUUAAAACCGGAACCUACAGAGGAAUUACAAAAAUGGAUUCAAUAUAAUGAAAUAUCGAGUAGAAAUUUAAGGCAAAAUAGUUGAUAGCUUUUUUUUUUUGUAAUUUUUUUUCUUUUCUGGUUACAUUUUUAAUAAGUUAUUUAUAUUAACAUUUACACG